AUGCAUCACAUCUCUCGGAAACCGGUGGCAGCACCAAUUCCUUCAACUGUCCCUUUCGUGGAACAGAAACAAGAUCUAUCAUUGCGUCGGCAAUAUUCAAGCGAAAACAGCAUCCUCCCGCAUUCCCCUCCGAAAGUCGAGCUCUUCCCGACUCUAGAGAUCCCGACAGUUGGACCGGAAAUAUCUUCAGGUUUUCCGUAUAACCAACGACUUUUCGAGUUACACAUCGCUCCAGAUGAAUGGACGCGGUUUAGCAAUGAUGUAGCUCAUGCCGCCAGGCUCACAACAUUAGAAAAAUAUGCCGUUUGGUCAGUUGGCCUCAGUAUUUGGAUAGUCGCCUCGGGCGCCCUGGCUGUUCUGGGAGCUGUCCCUGGAUACUAUGCUGGAAAGGGCAUGAAGAACAGCCGUGUAGCGAAGAAGGUGAGACGGAGCCUAAAAGGGAAAGGUGAGCUUGAAACGACAUUAAGCACCUGGAAUGAGAAUAUAUUUCGAGACAAGGGUUUCAGGGUAUGGCUGCGUUUGCCCAAGCAAGAUCAGGAAAAGUUGCAGAACAGAUUGGAGGGGGGAAACCUCAAAAGACAGAGUAAAGAGGGAGACGACAACGACGACAGGAACGACACCGCCUCUGCAUGCUCCACUCAGCCCAGCCUUCAAAGUGGCCAUCCGCUUAGUCGUCAAUCAGACUCCAAGCCGGGAUUCAAAGUCGAGCCAAAGGAAUCGGUGGCCGCAAGACGGAGGCGGGAGAAACUGGAGGCGAAAAGGUUGGAGAAACAUUAUACCCUGAUGGUGGAGGAUAUUAGAAAACCAAUAGGCCAAGAAGAAAUACUCGAGUUUGGUGUGAUAGAGAUCGAAGACACUGGCAGUGCUUCUACAGCUUCUUCUGUGGUAUCUUCUCCUCAAGAUCCUCCGGAGUACGAGUCCAUUCAAGACAACUGUAGCUCAAUGUCAGAACUGGGAGGGGAAUGCCUUUCUUCUGGUGCUGCGCUUCGUUACCGCGGGAUCCAUGAGCUUGAAGCUUGA